CCGGACCGCACCGCACCGACCGCACCGCACCGCUCCCGCCCCGGCCGGGAGCCCCUGGCCCACCAUGACCUUCAAGCAAGCGUCCAUGAUGGCCCCGGAGGCCACGGCCAGCACGCUGCCCAUGAGCACCAUGGAGAACUCCACGGAGGCUGCGGGGCCGGGCGAGAGCAAGGAGGACAUGUUCACCAAGCUGAGGGACAAGUUCAUGAAUGAGCUCAACAAGAUCCCCUUGCCACCCUGGGCCCUCAUCGCCAUCGCUGUCGUGGCCGGACUCCUCAUCCUCACCUGCUGCUUCUGCAUCUGCAAGAAGUGCUGCUGCAAGAAGAAGAAGAACAAGAAGGAGAAGGGCAAAGGCAUGAAGAAUGCCAUGAACAUGAAGGAUAUGAAGUCAGGCAACCAGGACGACGAUGAUGCAGAGACGGGUCUGACAGAGGGGGAAGGUGAGGAAGAGGAGAAGGAGCCAGAGAACCUGGGCAAGCUGCAGUUCUCACUGGACUAUGAUUUCCAGGCAAACCAGCUCACAGUGGGGAUCCUCCAAGCUGCUGAACUGCCAGCUUUGGACAUGGGUGGCACCUCAGACCCCUAUGUCAAGGUGUUCCUGCUCCCUGACAAGAAGAAAAAGUACGAGACCAAAGUGCAGAAGAAGACCCUCAACCCUGCCUUCAAUGAGACCUUCACCUUCAAGGUGCCCUACCAGGAGCUGGGUGGGAAGACGCUGGUGAUGGCCAUCUACGACUUCGAUCGCUUCUCCAAGCACGACAUCAUCGGGGAGGUGAAGGUGCCCAUGAACACAGUGGACCUGGGCCAGCCCAUCGAGGAGUGGCGGGACCUGCAGAGUGGAGAGAAGGAGGAGCCAGAGAAGCUGGGAGACAUCUGCAUCUCCCUGCGGUACGUGCCCACGGCUGGGAAGCUCACUGUCUGCAUCCUGGAGGCCAAGAACCUGAAGAAGAUGGAUGUUGGGGGCCUCUCAGAUCCCUACGUGAAGAUCCACCUGCUGCAGAAUGGCAAGAGGUUGAAGAAGAAGAAGACCACAGUCAAGAAGAAGACCCUGAACCCCUACUUCAAUGAGUCCUUCAGCUUUGAGAUCCCCUUUGAGCAGAUACAGAAAGUGCAAGUGGUCAUCACAGUGCUGGACUACGACAAGCUGGGGAAGAACGAGGCCAUCGGCAAGAUCUUCACGGGCUUGAACUCGACGGGCACGGAGCUGCGGCACUGGUCCGACAUGCUGGCCAACCCGCGGCGGCCCAUCGCGCAGUGGCACUCGCUCAAGCCGGAGGAGGAGGUGGACGCAGCUCUCGGCAAGAACAAAUAG